AUGCCUGGAAGUGGGCCUACCCCCAAUCUGCCAACUGGCAACAUCCCAGACGAAUCCUGGGUCAAUCAGGUGUGGGCUGUGAUCUUCGCCUUCGGGCCGAUUAUCGUCUGCUUUAUCAUGUUCUUUAUAGUCCAGGCUGCAUGGGCUAUAUGGCAAAGACAUCGCGCCUGCAAUGACAUGCAGAUGGAACUUACUCUCGGUCACUGCAAAUUCACCGGUGAGAGGACGGCAUUCAGCAGAUUCCUGGGCACCAAGGCCCAAGACGAUUUACUCCGAAAGCUCCGAGACCUGGAAGAGGGCCAUGUCUAUCUUCAAGCAACUCCAAGGGGCAUAAUUGCCGGCAGUGGCCCAAUCCCUGCCAAAGACGUGACCUCCGGUGCCAAUGGUGCGCCAAGUUCUUCUCCUGCUGGUUCGCUGUGGCUGUCGUGGAUAGCCAAGGCUAUGAAGAUGGCUUUUAAGUCGAAAACACAUUGA